AUGUCGCAUGAAUUUCUACGUUCAUCGCCUGCUAGAGAUGAUUCGAGUGACUCAAAACUGAAUAGAGCUUCUUAUAUCGUAAAGACCCCUGCAACGAAUAAAGUAACGUCUACACCGUUUAAGAAGUCUUUAGUACAAUCAGCAAAGAAAACACAUGCGCAACCAUCACAACAACAAGCUCCUUCGUUGUCAAUACCACCAUCAGCAUCUAAAUUGACAAACCAACUAACAAAUCUAACCGGAUGGACACCACUAAUCUCAAAAACCUAUUCGAAUGAACAAAUCAUCUCAUUCAACUCCACACCGAACAAACUAUUUAUAUCUUCUUCAUUACUGCAAACACAGAUACAGCCACAGCUACUAAAUCAGCUGCUGGCACAACAGAAUCAACGACUGGAGCAACUGGCACCACAAAGUGCCAAUACAUCAACAAACUUUGUCCCGACAUACAACGUCAAUGACUAUGAAUAUCAAAAUUUCGGAUUGACACCUUUUAUAAAUCACAAUUUCAACUUCAACUUUAUGAGUGGCGGUAAUUCAAUAAACCAAGCCAAUAGUAUAACACCAUUCAAUGAAAAGAUUUUUCAACAAAAUUGUGAAUUUUUCAUUGAUUCACCAAUAAGAUCAAAUAAGGAUAAUGCCAAUGGAUGUAAUACUAGCUUGAAUUUUGAAAAUUUUAGCAUAACACCAUCAAAGUUUAAUUUGAAUACGGUUGCAAGUAACAGAAAGAUCUUGCAAGAUCCUUUGAAAAGUGCCACAAAGAGAAGUAUUAAUAUGGUUGACACUCCACCAAGAGUUCCGCAUAAGUUGAGUAUUAUAACUAGAGCUGAAAAUGAAGACAAUGAGAAAGAAGUUAUCAAAAAAGAAGUUUGUCUACCUGAUGAUGACAAAGACACUGAAGACGAACAGGAUAGCGAGGAUGAGGAAGAUGAUAAACCUGAGGCAAAAUCACCAACAAUCACUAGCCGAAUAAAGAAAGAAUCGAGCAAAGAUGGUAAAAAUAGUGAAAAUCUUAAAGAUGGCGACCUACUACCACAAACGCCGUGUAAGAAGAGCCUGCAGGACACAUCUAACGAAUCUAAGUUGGAUUUCAACACCCCUGCCAAUAAACAAACCAGACCUGAAUCACCAUCAACAAUACUAGUUACAUCCACAGAAAGGCUUUCGAAUAUAAGCCUUGAUGAUACUCUUGAUUCAAAAAAAUUGCCUAAGCAUGACGAAAAACAAAAUGACGACGAUGAUGAAAAUGAUAAGGAAAACCAGCCUCCACCUAGUCCUACACCGGCGAAACUUUCAAAUCAACCAAAGAUGGGAGUAUUUACAGAAGGCAAGCCAAAGAAAGUUAUGAACAAGGUAAAGAAUCACAACAGAUCGUCCAUAUAUCCCACCACUACAACUACCUCUUUUAAGUCCGGUUACACUUUGACUACCACAUCCUCGGGAACCUCACAAAAUGUUAUUCAAGGCAAAGAUCCUAACAGGUCAAAAGCAGAGAACAAGGCGAGAAUGCAAGCAGGAAUGAAUAAGUUUCAAAUAGUUUUAACUGAUGUCAAUUCAAUAUCGGGGAAGAAAAGAAGAAAUAACAAUAACAACAACAAUGGGAAGAGAGAAUCCAAAAGUAAAUCUCAUAUUAAAAUGGAACCUACUCAACCAACAUUAAUACCACUACAUCCCCCACAAUUGAACCCUCAGCUGUCAACCUUAAUGGACAACCAUAACGUGACCAUGUCUUCCUCAAAGGAUAAUCAUAAUAACAGUAGCAUACUAUCGCACAAUAGUAUGAACUCAAGUCACCUAAAUCUUACUACUGAUCACUCAUCAUUUGAAAUUGGUGGACAUGGCAGCGGAGGGUACUCCUCAACGCCAAACUCCAAGAUGUUGCUAGAUAAAAUAUUCGAGAAACCAUCACCUAACCAGCCAGUGCUAUUCUUUCCUCCUCACCAACAACCACCAUCACAACAACAACAGGAGAUGCAUGUACAUUAUCAACAUCCUAUUCCAAUACCACCACCGCCUCAACCGCCAGGUAAUAAUGAGAACCCUGCUCUAAAUGGGAAAAUGCCCCCACCAGCACUACCACCACAACAAACAACAGCCUCUUCUCAGUCAAACAGAGGGGCUGCGUUUGUUCAAUACCCAGUUAUGUCAAUGAUGUCAACUCCACAACAUUCACAUAUCUACAACGUGGGUGAUUUGAUGCCCAAUGGACAACAAAUCCCAGGUACACAAGCACCAAUGUCGACAUCAUCAUCAUCUUCCACUAACUUAAUGCAAAUUCCGUCGCCAUGGAACAUAACAUUUGGCACACCACUGGGAUUUUCAACAUUUUUUGGUAAUUUACCUUUGGCUCAAUCAACAAACACGAAUGUCCCCACUGGUAAUGGGGACAGUUUGGGUGUAGGCGUUUCUAAUAGGUCACCAUCAAGUGCAACUACUACUGCUGCUGCUAUAGCUGCUGUUGCGGCAGCAUCAAAUGAGGCAAAGGACAACUACAGUUGA